UUUAUCCAAAAAUCCACUGUACACCACUGUACACUGUCGAAUGACCAAUAGGAAGAUUGAAGAUUAAUGAAUGAACGAAUUGAAACCGCGAUUUAAAAAGUGUCAUUUCUGCGUGAUUGCAAAAGACGUGGGCAACAAAAACUCAGCAUGAAUACUGAUAAACUUGUAAACACUACUUUUCAGUAUUUUCUUUAAUUCUUUUCUCACCCUCUCAUCUCGGCUACUCGACACAAUGAAUAUUGAAAGUGCUGCAAUUAACAUUUUGAAACGAGGUGUGGAAUUGGAUACUAAGAAAAGAUAUACUGAAGCUUUAGUUUGUUAUCAAGAAGGUCUUCAAAUUCUAGUGGACAAAAUGAAAGGAGAGAUUGAUGACACUGCCAGAAGUUAUCUCAGGAAAAAAGUAGAAGAGUACAUGAAUAGAGCUGAAACUAUAAAAAAGAUGGUUUUGCAGCAAAAAGAGGCUGGCCAGUUCCAUGAACAGGUCUACAUAGAAAACAACUCCACUGGUCACAGCUACAAAACUUUAUUUGGAAGGUUUUUAGACGAGGAUGUGCAGUUUGUGUUGGUAGAAGAUCCAUAUGUCAGAAGUUUUCAUCAGUGUCAAAACUUUCUACGGGUUUGCGAACUACUUGUAAGAUCAUGCAGUAACUUGAGGUACAUAGAAUUGUUGACCUCUAGAGACUCUAAAACGUCACAUGACCAACAGCAGUGGUUUAAUAACUUGGAAAAUGACUUGAAAAGAUAUCGAAUAAAUCUAGAAGUGAAAUAUUCAGAGACAUUGCAUGAUAGACAAAUAACAUUAAGUACAGGUUGGAUAAUAAAAAUAGGCAGAGGAUUAGAUUUUUUCAAAGCCCCUGACAACAAGUUCUGCCUUGGUGUGUACGACUUGGAUCUGCGGCAAUGCCAUGAGACAACUGUUGAUAUAUUCCAUUCUAAAAAUGUUAAACAGUCCUAUGGAUAAAUUUUGUGAUAUACAUGGGAUGUCUAGCUGAUCAGUGACAUUUUGCGACAUUGUAAUAGGUGCUAUUAAGCCACAAAAAUGUAUUGUGCAUCAUUUUUGUGACUGUAUUGUUUUUAAUGAGAUUUAACCCACUUAUUCAUAAAAAGUAAAUCCAUAUUAAAAUCUUUGUUGCCUCUUUUCAACACAGCAAAAUGGACAAUGAUAGAAAAUAAUAACAUUUUAUUCAGUUAAUUAUUGCAGUAUUUAUUCAACAUUUUUAUGGCUAAGGGGGUUAAAUACUGUGUAAAUAUGUAAGGAUUUUUAAUAUUGACUGGCAAUAAACUGUUUUCUGUAACACUUAAGUGUUGAUACUUAUCUUUUGAUCAAGUGGCUAUUGUUAGGUAUUUUAUACACUCGAAGUUGAAAUAAAAAUAUGUAUUAUAAUGAGUAUAUACUUUAUUUAUAAACAGAUAACAAUAAGGUGGGAUUAUCCCAUUUUAGUAAGUAGAUUUCUUUACACUUCAUAAUUUUAAUGUGUAUGUUCAUAAUAUCCGAUUAUACAUUCGCAACUAAAAUAUUUAAAGCUCCUUAUGUUACUUGCUUAUGUAGUAAAUAAAAGAUACAGAGAGUAUAAUAACUAGUCGUAAAUUUUGUUGACCGUGGUCAGUUAAUAAGUGCAAAUGCAUCUCACUAAGCUAAAACAGAAUGGACUAGUUAUAGUGUAUGGCUUCACGUUUCUAAUGAGCAAUGAGAG